AAAUGUAUUCCCUCUCCUUAUUCUGUCCCAUAUUUUAGGUUUUAAAAAUCCGGAUGGUCAUGUGCAAUCAAGAUUACAAAGAAAAGGAAGUAAGUGCUAAUGUUGAUUUUAGAAUAAAAAUGUGAAUCAUUUCAAUUAUUAAUUUCUUUAUAAUUACUUUUAAAUGAUGUUUUAAUAUUUUUGGUGCUUUCCCCCCCUACUUUAGCCGCCUUUCUUGCAUGCAUAUUUUUGUACAAAUAAAUACCCUGCCUAUUUUAGGUCAAAUAAAUGCCUGAACUUCUGGGCUAUAGUUAUGACUAUAGUCAUAAGUAUGUAGUUUUUCAUACACUAAAGAAUAUACAUAUUUUUUUAAAUGCUUGAACUUCAAAAGUUUGCAAGUUCAUUAUUAUAAGGCUUUAUUCUAGCUGGAAUCAAUACUCUCAUUUGCAUUAUAAAAUGAAAAAGAACCCCAUGUACUUAAUAACAGUUUUUACUUGCAAAGAAUGCUUCUGACUUUCUGCAUAAUAAUGGGUGCACAUAAUUUAAUUGUAGAUGAUAGACUCUAAAUGACAAAGUAGCAAGGUUUCCUUGGAUCAGUUUUAUAUAAAACACCUCUCUUAAUAUAAUACUAGGGAGGUCGCAGGCCUUACUAGUAUUAUAUAGUAUGGUUGGGGUUUCAGUUGUUUUCAAUCUGUUCUAGGAAAAAUCUUAAUAGAAUUGAGACAAUAAAAUUGCAAUAUUAUUACCCUAGAUAAACAGUAUGAUGCACUUUUAAAAUUUUACUGUUUGAUGUGCAAGGACAACACAAAAUAUCCACUUUUAGUUUUAAUGAGCUUCUCAAACUUUUUUAGACAGCUAUUACUAAAAGCUGCUCUUUUAAGACAUACCUAGCAUGCUAAAAGUAAGACUAUUCUCAAGUGUUCUUAUAAAUGAAUUCAACAAAGAAAUCAAUAUACUUUUGCCAAACCAGAAGGACCAAAAUAACCAAAAAGGGCAAAGGGGACAAAAUGGGCUAAAGACGAUAUUAGCUGUCUAAAAAAUAGUGUCUGAUAAUAUGGUAUAAGGACUUUUACCACUUUUAUCAUACAUAACUCAUUUCACACUGAACACAUCUUGCAGCAAAUUAGUAUUCAAUUGUGUCUCUAUGGCAUGCAUCCUGUCGCUUAAAUGGAGGCAUACUGGAAUACCAUUGGUAAAGCUCAAUUGACUAUCACAAAAGCAACAGAACGGAUUCAAUUUUGAAAAUGAGACAUUGAAAUUAGUUUCAUAACAAAGGAUUGAUAUCCAAAGGAUCCUUACAUUAGACAUCUGAGAAAAAACAAUGACAGCAUUAUGAGUUUGACACUUUGGCAGUGAUAGAAACUUAUGUGCAGGCUGCACUGUUUCACAACAACAAAGUUAAAGUUUACAGGAAGAUUUUUUCUGCCAUUAAAAGAUUGCCAUUAAAAGUAAGUUAACAAAAUGCUCCUAAUUGAUUUGGAAUGUGUAAGUGACUGGUUGCAGAAAUUGAAUUUGGUGGUAAAAUAUAAUUUACUCACAAAAACUUGUUUGCCUUUUCUUCUUCAAUCUUUAAAUUUUGGAUAGGUAGUUUUGCUGAAGAAAUAAGUUUAAUUUCCAAUUACAGAUAGUUAAACCCUUUCCUCCUGAAGGGGAAAAUACUUAAUUAGCGCAUUUUGUUUAUUUACUCAUCUUACAUCGCAUAAAUGGACCAAAACAGUCAAGAGUAAAUUCAAAGUAACAAACCUACACUGAACUACUACAUCCAUGUUUCUUUACAAUUCAGGUGGUUAGAGAGGAGCUCUUGUCAAAAUUGUCAUAAGCAAAUACAAAUGUUCUUAAACCCUUUCAGCACCUCUCAAAGUAAUAAAUGAAGGGCUUUAAUAUUUUGUUUCUAAAUACUCUCAUAUAGCACUUCUGUAGAAGGUAUUUGUACAUCAGCAAAGUUGCUGCCAUUGAAAGUAAAUAUGCAGAUUUUCUUUUUUAAUUAUGAUAAGAGUAAUUUUCAGUAAGUGCAUCUUUAGUAUUUAUAUUAUUAAAGUUACUCUGUAUUAGAGAACAAUGUACUUCAUAAUGAAUAAGUAACAAUAUAUCUCAAAACAUUUUAUGUAACUUUAUAUUUUUAUUGUAAGAACUAGCAAAACCAACAAAUCCUGAUGCUAUUGAAGAAUUUUUGGCUUUAACUUUAACACAAUAUUUUGGUUUGGUCUUGUGUUAGUGAAUCCAUUUCAAUGAACGUUCAUCAUAAAUCCUUUGAUUUGGUAAAAUUAAAGGCAAUAUUUUCAAGUUGUAAAUGGCCUACAUUAAGUUGGUUCAUACAGCUCCUUUCACAUGUCUUCUAUUUUGCAAACUUUCCAUUUCUUUCAAAACUGUUGCAACAUUAUAUCGCAAAUAAUGAAAUUUGGCCAUAGAAAGUUCAAAUACAAUUACAGAACCAUUGCUUAAAAUCAUUUCAAUGCAGAUACACGGCUCAAGCACUCUGGACAAAAUACUGGAUGAAAUUGUGAUAUCUAUUCUCCAUCUCAAACGAGUCAAUUUAGAGUUGUAUGUAUUAUGACAAACUUUAUUAAAAAAGGUCUCUCUUCUUGGAUCACACAAAAUAUUCAUGAAUUCUGCAGCAACCUCUUCAGGAAACAGAGAUUCUUUCAACCUCUCCUUCAGAGCUUCUGUUUUUGUAUGUCCAACUGGUAGUUUCAUUAUAACUUUGACAAUAUUUAAGACAAUUGCAUACAAAUCAAAAACAUUAAUGUCGCUAUACUGAACAGAAAAUUUCUCCAAUGCGCCUUCUCCAAUGGGUUUUCCUUCUAUUGUAUUUACAGCAACUGCAACAUGUAGAGAUAGUGAUGUUAAGGGAAAAACGAUAGUAAAUUAAAACUCCCAUUAUGUUAAAGGACAAUGUUUCAUUAUUCUUGUGUCUACGCAAAACUGCAGAACUUAUAAAAAAUUUAACUUAUUUUGGUAGAAAUGAUAGAAACUGUACACAUAAAAACUGCACAUUUAUACAGUCAUAGCAAAAUAAUGAGCUUUUGAUACUUAUAAAUAAAAGAAGUGGGGGCUUUAAUUAGGUUUUAUACUUAUUCUAUCCAAUCAUUUGUUAUUACGCUGCAUCAAACUGCGACAGAUCUGCUGCCGCGAGUCUUGAGGAUACUUCAACAAGCUACUGACGGGGCCGCCUGGACUCUUUUUUGACAUGUUGUUUACAUCAACCACCACAAUCUGACAAAUUAACGAUAUAGUAGGUGGAACUAAAGGUAAUAAGCUUCAACUGAGGUUCAUUCUGACUCAGCUCAGAAGUCAGUAUACCCGCGACACAGUUUUUAAAAAUCUAUCAGCUCAACACCAUCUGACCAGCAUCUAACCAUCUGUAUCGCUGCACAUGUCACAUCAGCUGCAGCACUUCGCUGUGGCCGAUUGUACUAUGCGAUACCGUAAACAAACUGGCUGCUCUGCGAUAUGAUACUCCCUGGAGCGUACAAAUGGGUUGUACUAUAAUAUGCUUUUGUUAGAUGCCUUUUGCUUGGCAUCAGCAGGGAUGCACGGCAUCAAGCUACAGCAUAAAGCCAAAAGAUGAGGCAUUAAGAAUGGGUACAAAUUUUUCAGGAAUUCCGUCUGGAUUGGUUUACUCAGUUCAUUUUUUUUGGUACAUAUACGAAAAACGAUAACAAUUAUAUUUCGUUCCCUCUAGUUGGAAUGAACGUACCAGUUUCUUAAAAUUACCAACUAUUGCACUGCAAUACACACACACACAAAUAUAUGCUUCCCUUAAAAAUGUCAUAAUCAUAAAACAUAUAUAGCUUUCUAUGAAUUUUCAAUUUUAUAGUGGUUCUUCUUUUUGCUUUUUGGUGUUUUCAAUGGUGGCCUCAUCAAAACCAAUUACACCAUUUAUUUUUUCAUCAAUGUUGGUCAAAGUUAAAAAUGAGUGGCGUUGGGCGCAUUGCCUGGCAUUGCCGACGUUGAAGUCUGUCAACUGACUGAGCUGUAACUGCAGUAAUGAAGAACGUAAUAUUGACUUUCUGAUUGUUUUUUUGGUGUUAAUAAAAACGCAUUAGAACUUAUAAAAAUAUUCAUGUUGUUGCAAUUAGGCUUGCUAAGGGUUGCCAUGCGCGAGCACCAUUAAACAACAAACGCCGAAGAAUUUCUUUCUAAUUAAUGUUUGAUUUUUAUGACUGAGCUUAGUGGUUGAGCUUUGAAAAAACAACAACAAAAAAACUAUUAAAUGUUUGGAAGAUGUAACUGAUCGGAAUGAUGUUGCUAGUGAUUAUAAUUUACCCUUUUAAAGUUAAUUAUUUAUAAUUUUGAAAUGCGUUGGUCUGUUAGAUCACGGCUACCUUUGUAAUGUUCAACAAAAACAUGGUGUAAGUUGAUACUUCAAUUUAGUCACCAACAUUUAAUGAGAAUGGCAACACAAGAUACAGCUUCUUUAAAAGCUGCAAUUACUCAGUAUAAAUCCCAGGUAAAUUUGGCAAUUAAUAGUGCUACAGGCCCUGAACAUGAAAAUUUAAUUUUAUUGCGUUCAGAGAUUCAAGAACUCAUUAAUUUGACUCAAGAAACCUUGGAUAAUGUGAUAAGGCAGCAAGAAUCAUUAUCAAAGGAUUCUGAUGAUCCUUUAGCCAAGGAAUAUGCUCUAUUUAAGGCUGAGCUUGAGAACGACAGUCAAAUUGAAACAAAUGUUCAAAAGUUAGAAAGUAUUGAGGAUGAUCUGAAAUCUUUAAAUGGUAUGAAAUGUCAAGCUCCCCAUAAGCAUCAGUGGGGAGAAACAUGUUACCAUAAUGCCUUGGUGUGUGGAGCAGAGCCUACUUCUGACAUUUCCACAAUGGAAGAAAUUCAAGUUCGUGUAAUGUUUAUAAAUCCUACUCAUCGAGAAAUGUUGCCAUGUCCAUAUUUCCUCGAUGGAGAAUGUAGAUUUUCAGAUGAGAAAUGUCAUUAUUCUCAUGGUGAAUUAGUGUGUUUAUCAGCAUUGAAAGAAUACAGAGAUCCAGAUUUUUCAAUAGUCCAACCUGGCAAAGGUAUUUUAGCGAAGAGCAGUGAUAACUUAUGGUACCGAGCUAUUGUGUUAUCUUCACCAGAAAACAAUAAAUGUUCUGUAAAGUUUGAAUCGAGUGGCAAAAAGUGUGAAGUUAAUCUUCAUGAUACGAUUCCUUUAGAGGACAAGGACCAAACUGAAAGUGCUGAGUCUGGAUUAUCUGAUGAAUCUGACCAAGAAGUUGUCGAUGUUUCUGUGGAGGAGUUUUUAGUUCAGCAGAGUUUACUGAGAUCACCCCCCAACCUGGCUCUUGGUGGUUGGGAAAAAUACACUAAGGGGUUUGGAUCUCGGUUGAUGGCUCAGAUGGGGUACAUUACAGGCACUGGCUUAGGAAAGAACGGUGAAGGUCGCAUUGAGCCUGUUGAAGCUGUAAUCCUUCCGGCGGGAAAGUCAUUAGACCAUUGUAUGGAGUUAAAGGAACAAGCUGGAGGAGAUGAGGAUUUGUUUAAGGCUGAAAAGCGAUUGAAGAGAUUACAAAAAAAAGAGGAACAGAAACAAAAGCAAUUAGCAGAACGUGAAAAGAAUAAUAAAAAUAUAUUUGAUUUCAUUAAUAGCAAAUUGGGAGGAAAGAAAGGUGAUAUCAGUGAUCUCCAUGCAGGAGGGACUGAUUCAAGAUGCAAACGCCAAGUGUCCACAAAGGACUUGCAGUCUAGAAGUAAUAAAAAUCUAAAUUUGGUUAGCUUGCAAGUUGAUCAAGAAAUAAAACGUGCUGAACAAGAGAUUGCAAGAAUGCAAGAAUCUCUAGUUCGACAUGCAGAAGGAACUUCAUCAUACAAACGGAUUGCAGGCCAGUUACAAGACAAGCAUGAUGCUUUGAAGCAGUUGAGGUUAUCUGAGAACAAUAUUAACCAGGAGAGUAAGAGAAGAAAAGAUCAUAAAAAAUUGACCAUAUUCUAACUGACAUCACAUUUUGGUUUGAUGCAUUUUCCUGUUCUACAAACACGUAUUUAAUUUUUUUUUAAAUGAUUAUUUUGUAAUAAUGUGAGCAAUUAUCUGUCAAAAUUGGCAGCGACAUUUAUUUAAUUUUGCGUAUUAAAAAUAAUUUUUUUUAAAGAAAAUUCUUGUGACUAUGAAAUACAGAUUUUUAUGUUAAUGACCCUUUUCUGUGUUGCAUUAACACAAAAGCCUGUACAAUCAAUAUUUGAGAAUAAAGUAGUAAAUUUUAUUAAUUGUCUCAUAAUAAAAUAUAGGAAGUUUGUUGAUUCAAAAUAUUUUUGAAACUAUCACUUUUUAUUUUUUCUCUCUCUUUGACAUUAAAAAAACAUUGUAUUAAUUCGCCGGCAGAUUAUUCUGCAUGUUGUAAAUCAUUGCUUUGUAAAAAUGGCUUCAUACUGAAUCCUAACUUCGCCAGGAUGAGUUGGCUCAGUCAGCUACUGUUGCUGUUGCAGGAGGUUGCACUCUCAUCAGGAGGUUCUAGGAUUCAAGUCCCGAUCAUAAUUGUUCGACCUUAGCCAGAGAACUAGGUUGAAUUCAGCCACUGUCUGGAUAAGAAUUCUAGCAACUGGCUCUACAUAUGUUGUUUUUUCUUAUUUCUCUUUUCUGUACCAGGUGACAGCUGGUACAGUUCCCUAACAAAUGGUCCCCAGACCGCACACUAUUUUUCCUUUCUCAUUUUUGCCUCUCUUCUCCCUUUACACACACUUACCUGCACUUCACAACUCCUCAUGGGAGACAAGUCGAGAACCUAGAGCUUGUCCCAGCCAGGGUGUUGCCCCACUGGUGAAAAUACUCGGGACAGAGAAACUCGUGCAAGCUGGUGACAGAUAUCACAUUCCAGCAGGGGAGGAACAGAGGCAACUCCAUUAAUGACAUAUACUAAACUUUACAGACUUAAGAUCAUUGUAUUUUUUCUACCUGGAAACACAAAAUAGUCUUUCUAACGACCAGUCUGAAUAAACAUUCUAAUAUCGAAAUUAAGUUUUAUAAUAAUAAUGAGAUUUGAUUUCACAAAAAAAUCAAGUAGUCAAUUUGUUUAUGUAUUCCUUCAGUAAAAGUUUAUAUGGAUUUAAAGUUACUCCUUAUAUCUCCAUGCUAUGACGUAGGAAUCCCCAGAAGAGCUAUACCUCCAACAUGUAAUAGAAAGUUGAAAAUGAUCUCAUUUUGUAGAAUAUUGCUCAAGAAAUAACUAGGGGUCCCACCUGUCCCCGCUUGACCCACAUCUUUGCCCCAACAAAUUUCCAGGGUAUUACCUGCACACGUUUCAAUCCUAUGUAAUCUCCUCUGUUCCAUCACAUGUUUAUUGCCAAAAGAUUGCACAUUUAGAUCAAAAGUAGAAGUAACUUCAUAAUGGUACCUAUAACUUUGCUGACCUUUCUGUGCUACCUUCAAAACCACCCAAAAUUCUCAGUAGUCCCAAUUUUCUGUAUACGAGAUAUAAUUUUUGAUGUGGUGAACCACAAUGUUGGUCCUUAAAAUAGUAUCAAAUUAGAACACAUUUUUUUAAAAGUAUUAUACCUCUGAACACAAAAAAUCAUUACUGAACGGGUUAAAUCUGUUUGAUGCAGAACUGGACAGUAAUUCUCUUAUCCAGUAGCUGCACAUUUAUGGAGUUUUGUGUUGAUAGUUUCUUAUAAAUGGUACAAAACCAUAAACCCAUUACAGUAUUAGAGGGAGAAAAUGAUUUUAAAACCAUUUUUUCACUUCUAUUAAAGAAAAAAAGUGCAAUAAAAAUACUCGCUUUUGUCUCGCCUAAUGUCCAUAUCAGAUAAGAAAUUUCAAAUAAAAACAAAUGGAAAGGCUAUAAUGUGACAAAAAAGUUUAAUGAAUUUAGAAAGUACACACAGGAAUUUCCUGUGAACUUUCAAAGCAAUCUUUUGAGUCCUAUUUAAAAAUCAUUGUUAUUCAUUCAUGUUGAACUAAUUUUAUGUAUUUCAUGAUAGAAAAAGCUAAAUGUACAAAAUAUCUUUCAAAAUACUAAGAUUACAAAUUACUGGGGAAUAAAUGAGCAUAUACCAGGAGAAACGUGCGAUACCUUGCUGGGACAUUCAAUUCUUUCAACUAUUAAAAACCGUUUGUAUCAUUGCUUCUGUUACGUAGCUAUGGUAUUCAUUAGUUGGCAAUUGUGGAGCAGGAAACACUUUCUCCAUGUCAUUAUUAGAACCAACUAUGAUCAGGAAAUGAAAUGUGAAAAAUUUUCAAUUCAUAUUCAUAUGUAUUUCACUGUAAGGCAGACCUUCAAUUACGAUUAACUUUCCAUGAAAUAACAUUUCUUCACAU